CUCGGUUUCCUACGCACAAACAAAACUUUCCUGCCACCCCGGGCAAUAUUGGGCUCCUCAGUGUUUUGACAACCUGAAAUAUUGGAAUCUCUGACGUUUUCUGAAGCAAAAAAACAGAUUAAGUCAGUGUUUUUUUGUGUGUUUUUUGUCAGGAUGUACAGCUUCAUGGGAGGUGGGUUGUUCUGCGCCGGAGUCGGGAACAUACUCCUCAUCGUCUCCACGGCAACCGACUACUGGAUGCAGUACCGUCACUCCAGCAAUUACAUGCACCAGGGCCUGUGGCGGUACUGUGUGCCGGGGAAAUGCAUGACACACACGGACAGCAUUGCGUACUGGGACGCCACCCGGGCUUUCAUGAUUCUCUCCCUGCUGGCUUGCUUCAUCGGCAUCGUGAUCGGGGUCAUGGCCUUCAUCCACUACUCCUCCUUCGACGGGUUUGACAAGACAUUUGCAGCCGGCAUCCUCUUCUUCAUCUCCUGCUUCUUUGUGUUGCUGGCCAUGGCAGUCUACACUGGAGUGACGGUGAACUACUAUGGUAAACGCUAUGGCAGCUGGCGGUUCUCCUGGUCCUAUAUAAUGGGCUGGGUGGCAGUGGUGCUCACAUUCUUCUCAGGUAUCUUCUACAUGUGUGCCUACAGGAUGCAUGAAUGCCCAAGAAACUCUAACUCACGCUGACCUGCCAAAGCCUUCAACAGUCGCACACACACACACACACACACACACACACACACACACACACACACACUCACACAAGGCCGAGAGGAACCAAUAUCCCAAUGAACUUUGCAAGCACUUCCUGUUGAGCUAAAUAUUCACGAUAAAGCAAAAAUAAAUACAAUCAGUGCU